AUGGAGGCGGAGCAGAGACGUGUAACAGAGCGGAUAUUAGACCUCACCCUGGAAAUCAUCUACCAGCUGAAUGGAGAGAAUUAUAUAGCUCUCAAGCUUUCCGAUGAUUUCACAAUGAGAAAACAAAGUCCUGUUACUGAAACGCCAUCUCACUACCUAAGAAGCACCAACAAGAUUCAAGAAGCAACUAGAGAGAUCACUGAGCUGCUGACGGGAGAGGACGCCAUGAUGGAGAAGCGGCUGCCCCUCACAUCACCGGAUGGAUCCAGUAAUGGGAACCCACCAGAGAGAUGUCCCCGUCCUCUGUAUUCCCGGGACUCCACACAGGAGGAUCAGGAGAUCCCUCAGGAGGAUCAGGAUAUCCCUGCAUUGAACAUUGAUUACAGAAUGGAAGCAGAAGAGCCCUAUGUAAGGAUCGAUGAGCUGCAAAUCCCUCCAGAGAUCGGCACAGACCCCGGAGACACCAUAUAUGCUCAAAGAGACGUCAAAGCUGAGGAGGAGGAAGAAGGACGUGUGUGGAUAAAAGAGGAGGAAAUUCCUUUAGAGAUCAACGCAGAAGGCCAAUACCACAUAAAUAGUCUGGAACAACAUCCGAUAAUAUCUCCAAUAAGUGAAAUAGGUGCUUACAUCAAAGCAGAGUUUACAGGAGAAAACAACAUUAUGAUAAAUAUCCAUCCCAGCACAGAUCUACUAUCUGAUCCCUCUAUUCAUCAUGGGAGGAAUUUUCCCAAUCACUCACCUCUUGCCACUUAUCACUCGGGUUAUAAAGUGGGUAAAAUGUUCCAAUGUCCAAUAUGUGGGAAAUCUGUUACCCGGAAAUCCACUCUUGUUGAACAUCUGAGGAUUCAUACCGGGGAGAAACCGUAUUCAUGCUCAGAAUGUGGGAAAUGUUUUUCCAAAAGAACCAACUUUAUUUUACAUCAGAGAACCCACACGGGGGAGAAGCCAUAUUCGUGUCCUGAUUGCGGGGAACGUUUUUCUUCUGGUUCAGCUCUUAAUAAACACAGCAGGACUCACACAGGGGAGAAGCCGUAUUCAUGUUCGCUAUGUGGGAAGUGUUUUUCCCAAAAAAACAAACUUACUUUGCAUGAGAAGACUCACACAGGAGAAAAGCCCUAUUCAUGUUCAAAGUGCGGGAAGUGUUUCUCCAGAAGAAAUAAACUUGUGUUACAUGAGAGAACUCACGAGGGGGAAAAGACCUAUUCAUGUUCUAAGUGCGGGAAAUGUUUCUCCCAAAGAAACAAACUUAUUUUGCACGAGAGAAUCCACACUGGGGAUAGGCCCUACUCAAGUUUGGAAUGCGGGGAACAUUUUUCUAGCAAUUCAGCCUUUGUUAGUCGCAAGAAAGCUUCCACGGUGUUAAAACCGCAUAGAUGUUCAGAAUGCGGGAAAUGUUUCUCUCGGAAUUCAGCUCUUACUGAUCACAAACGGAUUCACACGGGAGAAAGGCCAUAUUCAUGUUCGGUGUGUGGAAGAUGUUUUGCUCGGAAGGAUAACCUCCUCUCGCAUCAGAGAACACACACAGGUGUGAAGCCAUUUUCGUGUUCUGACUGUGGGAAAUCAUUUAGCCAUAAAGCCAGCCUUUUUGUGCAUAAGAGGACUCACACGGGGGAGAAGCCUUAUUCGUGUUCAUUGUGCGGGAAGUGUUUUCCGCAAAGAAACAAACUUAUUUUGCACGAGAGGACUCACACAGGGGAAAAGUCCUAUUCAUGUUCAAAGUGCGGGAAGUGUUUCUCCCGAAGAGGUAAACUUAUAUUACAUGAGAAAACUCAUGAGGGGGAGAAGCCCUAUUCAUGUUCCGAAUGCGGAAAAUGUUUCUCCCAACAAAGCAAACUUAUUUUACACGAGAGGAUUCACACUGGGGAGAAGCCCUACUCAUGUUCUGAAUGCGGGGAACGUUUUUCUAGCAAAUCAGCUGUUGCUAGUCACAAGAGAGCUCACACAGGGUUAAAGCCGUAUACAUGUUCAGAUUGUGGGAAAUGUUUCUCUCGGAAUUCAGCUCUUACUGAUCACAAACGUGUUCACACAGGGGAAAGGCCAUAUUCAUGUUCGGAGUGCGGGAGGUGUUUUGCUCGGAAGGAUAACCUCAUCGCACAUCAGAGAAUACACACAGGCGUGAAGCCAUUUUCAUGUUCCGAAUGUGGAAGAUGUUUUAGCCAUAAGGCCAGCCUUUUUAUGCAUAAGAGGACUCACACGGGGGAGAAACCAUAUUCAUGCUCAGAAUGUGGGAAAUGUUUCACAAGGAGGGCCUAUGUUAUUGUACAUCAGAGAACUCACAUCCCAAAGAGUCACACAUCAAAUAAGUCAAAGUGAUGAUCCCAAACGGGUCCUAGUUCUGAAAGAAGAUAUACAUUAUAUCGGUGUUUCUCAACUCCAGUCCUCAAGGCGCCCCAACAGGUUAUGUUUUCAUGCUUUCCAUUAGAGCUGCACGAUUAAUCGCGAUUUUGAUUCUCCCCGCCCCCGAUCUCCCCACGGGAUGACCCGCGAUUCUUCUGUUUUCACCGCUGGUUCCACGUAACCAGCCUGGAACGCAAAUGGCGCCGAUA